AUGAUCUAAAAAAUAAUUCCAAUAAUUUUGGUUUUAAAAUUAGUUUUUGGAUAAAAUAUCUUUUUGUAGUAAUGCUUAACUCAAAUUUGUAAAUUAUAACCCUAAUAAUCUGAGAUAUAACAAUGCAUAAGAUAAAACUAGUAAUGUGAUGGCUUUAUUAAUCAAAAUUUAAGUGAUUGUUAGAACUUGCAAUGCUCUGUCAAAUGUUCUGCUUAUUUAAGUUAUGAAGACUAAGAAUGUCUUUUAAAUUGUAUUGAUAAAAUUGAACCAUAAAUUUAAGAUGAAUGUUCUUAAUUUUUAGCUGAAACCUAAUAAGAAAUAGUAGAAAAUCAUGAAGAAAGAUAAGAAACUGUAUAAAAAAUGUGGAAAUUAUAAAAUUAAAAUUUGCGUGGAGUUGUUGUCAUAAGUCAGAGUCAAGUUAAUCAAUAUAAUCUAAAUAAUCAAUUAAAGCAUAAAAAUACUUUUCCUCCAAUCAACAAUGCAGUAAUUAUAGUUCCUGAUAAUAUUUAAGAUAGCAAAGAAGAGAGUAACAAAAGUUAAGAUAGCUCUGCACAAUAAUAACAAUAAAUAUAAACACAACAAAUAAAAAUCAAUCCUAAAUGA